AUGUGGCAUAGCUCGUACCCGUCAGCCAGGCUUUGGUUCCUUACUCGGAAUAAUUGGGCAAUCAUGGCAUUUGCAUUUUUUUCGACCUUGGGACUCCUGGCCACAUUUCAAUUGUCUGGACUUGUAGCUGCGGAUUCACAAAAUAUCGACCUCUGUGGUCAGUCAGACUGGUGGAACUCUACUGAAGUUCCGUAUUCAUUCAAUAAUAAUGCCUGGGGAAACGACAGUUCGGGCUACCAAUGCAUGGCCGUCCAUGAUAAUGGCCGUAGCUUCAGUGUCUCCUACAAAUGGACCGGAGAUGCAUCUCUUGUCAAAGGCUACCCGUACAUGAAGGCUCAUCCGACUAGGCUCCCUGUCCAGCUAUGGAACGUCACUCAACUACAGGUCACAGGGAAUUGGCAGACUUACGUUGCUGGCAAAGAAAAGGCCAGUGCUGAGCAGCAGGCCCAGGCUUUCGAUGAUGUUUCGCUCUACGCCAACGUUGCUGUCGACAUGUUCCUGUCCGAUAACAAGGAGAACUCAACCAUGGUCGGCGCCCCCAUUGAAAUCAUGAUUUGGCCCUGGUGGACGCCAACUGUAAAACCACUAGGAUGGGCCGAGUCCACUCCCGACAAAGACACCGUCACCAUCGACGGCACCCCUUUCUCAUUGUAUCAUGGCUGGAAUGAUGGGGGACAACAUGUUUUUUCAUGGUUGGCUCGCACCAACCUCACCAAGACCGAUGCCGACUACGGACCUUUGCUCACCUAUAUCUGGAAGAAGGGUAUGCUGUCAGGCGCAAUAUGGCUAGGGCAACUCGAGCUGGGCACCGAAAUCAAACACGCCGCUGGCGACAUGCACUUUGAAGCCAGUAACUACACCUUGAAGCCAGACCGCGACGACGAAGACAAUGAUGACGACAGCCGCAGCUGA